AUGAUAAGUUUUGUUUGGAGACAAACCGGUUUCGACGUUGCCAUCUUCCGACUCUGCAAGCCUGAGGCCGAGAAAGCGGGCGGUGUCGAGGGGCGCGGUCCAGAGCGCGGCUGGUGUUCGGGUCGUAGGGUUGAAGUGCGUACGCNCAAGCUACGUAGUUGUGAUAAUGACAGUUAUGUCAACUAUAGUGAUGAUAAUGGAGUCACGAAGCAGCCUUUAAAUAUUGCUGAGUCUAAUCGCCGAGUUCGAAAAGUGAUUGGCUGUCAAAGAUUGAAUGAAAAUGAAGCUGAGAGUGAGACAUGCUCAUCUCCGACACCAGAGAGCGUAGAACUCUUGGAGCAUGAAAGCAACCAGGAAUCAGCCUCACAGUUGUUUAAAAAUUUGGCGAAAAUCAAUAAGAAAGCAAAAAAACGCACACUUCAGGAAACUGAUGAUAAUGAGGGAGUAAAUGUAGUAAACACAAGGCCCUCGAAAAAACGGCGUGGACGCUAGUCGAUAAUAUACAACUACGUACAUAUAUAUUUUUUCAUGUAAUUGAUUCCAAUGGACAGUUGCUCAAAUUUUGAGCUUUUACUAAACUUAUUGA